AUGACUUCUCUAGAUCGAACUACCUCUAGCAUCGGAGGAGACGAACAUACCCCUCUCCUCCGUCAUCGAGACAACGAUGAUGGCGACGCCAACUAUACCUCAGCAAAAAGCACAGUAUCCGUGUCUCCACCGUAUACUCCCCUACCGAAACUGCAGCUUGGAGUCUGUAUCUUGAUUCAGUUUGCGGAGCCCAUCACUGCGCUGUGUAUCUUGCCAUUCAUCAACCAGCUCGUAUCCGAACUAGAUAGCACCCGUGGCGAUCAGAGUCGAGUGGGCUACUACGUUGGUAUAAUUGACUCGCUGUUCUUUGCUGUGGAGGCAAUCACGGUUCUGCAGUGGAGCCGUCUUUCAGAUCGUAUCGGUCGUAAGCCUGUGCUGCUGAUUGGCUUGUUUGGACUGACUAUCUCCAUGAUCUGCUUCGGUCUAUCUCGCACGUUCUGGACACUUGUUAUCAGCCGCUGUCUCGCUGGAGCCCUCAAUGGCAAUACUGGGGUCAUGAAGAGCCUCACAGCUGAGUUGACGGAUGAGACAAACAUUGCGCAAGCUUUUGGCCUCAUGCCUGUAGUAUUUGCCUCCGGUUCCACUAUUGCGUCUUUUAUGGGUGGUGUAUUGUCCCGUCCUAGCGAUAGGUUUCCGAAGGCCUUCAGCAGUACGUUCUGGAAACAAUAUCCGUACUUUCUUCCUUGUGGUGUGGCGGCUGCUUUUUGCGCACUGUCCUUCCUUGCCACGGCACUUCUCUUACAAGAGACCCUACCCAAAGCCAAAAGCGCAUCCGAAUCGCAUCCAGCUCUUACCGAGGCGAAUUCCUCCACGCCACAUUCACUAGACGCAUCUGUCUCUGAACCUACUCCGCUCCGCAAACUCAUUAAAAACAGAGCCGUCAUCAUCUCCGUGAGCAACUACGGCUCCCUCGCCCUUCUCGACAUCGCCCUCUUCGCCUUGAUCCCUCUAUUCUACUCCACCCCCAUCUCACUCGGCGGCCUUGGCUUCCCACCCUCUACGAUUGGGUACUGCAUAGGUGCCUUUGGUCUGUUCAACGGCCUGUUCCAAGCGGUAUUCUUCAACAAAAUCGUAAAGCUGUUAGGCUCGAGAAUGGUUUUCAUGAUGGCUAUGAGCGUCUUUGCACCGUUGUUCGGGCUAUUUCCCGUAAUUGGUUACCUGGUUAGGAGGGAGAUGAGUAUGUCAUGGGAAGUUUGGGCUGUCGUGGCGCUUCAACUGUGCUUGCUUGUGAUUAUGGAUAUGGGCUACGGCUGUAUCUUCAUGUUCAUCACCGCCGCCUCACCUAAUCCGCACUCUCUCGGAGCCACAAAUGGACUCUCUCAAACAGUAGCCUCCAUCGUCCGAACCAUCGGCCCCACACUAUCGACGUCUCUCUUCGCAAUCUCGAUAGAGCGGAAUCUGAUGGGUGGUAAUGCUGUCUAUCUUCUUAUGAUUGGGUUCUCUCUCUCGUCAAUAUGGUUGGCAAGAUGUUUGCCGGAGGACGUGAGUCGCAAGGAGAAGGAGAUUGGGGGUAGUUGA